AUGAUCGCCGCUGUUCAGUUUCUGUACUGUUUUCUUAAAGAAGUUGUGGAAGCACUUCUGGUUGGAUACAGUGAUGAAGACAAACAUGAGAUCGCCAGAGAAGACGCUAGUUGUUUCCGUUCUGAUGCUGCCGAUAGUGAGUGUCAUAAACCAUGAAUGACUGUGUGGUGCUAGUUUUAAAACGUUUGCGUUUGAGCGGGAAGUAAGCGUUCCCUGUUUGUUGUGCUGAACUCUGAUUGUAUAAUUUACGCGUGAUAAUUUGCGUACAUUGUACAUGAUUGAUCCAGGUAUGACGAACGCGAAAAGCAAAGCAACAAGUGAAGAGAAAUUUGUUGGCACCACUGUACGCAAUUGUGAGCGCGCCUUUUUAAAUUUAUAGCUAUUAAUUUAUGAUGCUUAUUAAAUAUAUUUUUGUUGUCUGAAUUAGCCGAACUAAUCAAGCGAGGUUAUAUCACGGUGGAUACUAAAGUACAUGAUGGUGUUCCUACAAUUAAUUCAGGCCAAUGUUCAGAUCCAAAUUUGUCUGGAGGUGAACUAGGCUAUGAAACAGCCUCUCGGUUAAGCUGCUUGAAAGCACAAGUGAACCCUUCAUCAAGUUCAGGUGUGGUGUACAUGGAUUGUAACGAAGAUUGGGAUAAUGGUAUAGUAAACAAUGACCACAAAAUAGAAUUAAAGAACCCAAGAACUCUAAGUGAUGAUAUUGUGUCAGACAGUAUGAGCCAGGCAUGUUUGUUAAAGAGUAAUUUAUCUUUGGGUGCUACUGGCAAGAAUGAUUUUUUGUGUGAAGAAACUUUGUCAACAUGUUCCUCGGACUCAGAUGCCUGGGGUGGAAAACCAUCCAAAGAUCAUCCCAGAAGCUAUGAAAAGUCGUCUCUUCAUUUUUUGUCAGAAAGAGAGUGGCUGGAUGAACUUGAGUCACUUUACUUCUCAGAUAUGAUAACAGAACUCAAGUCAUUACUUUUGCAAGCUUUUGAAGCCAGCAAGGACUGUUUUGAUUUUGUGCUCUUUAUUGUCAAGUUUGCUGACUUUGAUAUUCAAAGUGGCAAAAAGUCACUGGCUUAUUUGACCCUUGUUGAGUUUGAAGCUUGGCUUAAAUCAAAGACUGAAGGAAGAGGUAUGGAAGAAAUAAAGCUGCUAGGUUAUUGGCCAACAGACAAUCAUAAGGAUUUGGCACUGGAUGUAGUGGUUUCCUCCACUUUUCUCCUUUUUGAGCCAAUAAAAAGGACUUUUCAACUUGAUGUGGGAGACAAUGGAUUUUUAGCUAAACAUGUGAGAUUUCUAAUGCAUUCAAAAAGGAGAUAUAGGGAGGUCAGUACUAAUUAAUAAGGACAUUUAAACCCUUUUGCUGCAAAAUUAAAUGUCUCUGUCUCUAACUUUUAAAUCUGUGGAUGAAAUCAAAUAGUAUGAAGUUGUGUGAAUAGUGUGAAGUUGAUCAUUUAAAAAGCUGUUUUCUUAAAUCAAAUUUUUCAUUUAAGCAUUUUUAUAACAUUGCUACUUGCUUAAUGCACUUCUUUUCUGCCUUUUUUCUUCCAUAAUGUUCUCUAAAUUUUCAAAGCAAUGGAAUAUGACAAAACCCUGAUUUUUCAUUUUGUAACUCUUCGAGAAACACAAGAAAAUCAAAAUUUUAGUGAAAUACAAAAAUCUGAUUGAGUUUUAUUUUGCAAUGGCUGAUUUUGAUACAUGCUCACCGUUAGAUUCUAAGAAAAAUAGAAAAAAAUAAUGUUUUUACAAAAAUAAUAGUUAGUGUAUAAAGACACCCAGUAUACUGGUAGUAACCACAUUAUAUUACUUAGUUAACUUAGGCGAUAACUACAUCAUGAUGUAAAUGGUUAACAAGUAAUUUUUAACUAAAGCUCCAGUAGCUUUAAAAGCUUUCAUUUGAUAUACAUCUUGUGUUUUCAUGAAGCAGGAUUCAACAGUCUUGCAACAUAUUUAUUUUCUUGCAACAGGCAGCUACCAUUGCAUUCAAGUUAAAACUUCAAAAACACUUUGAUGUAACUGAGGUAAUUACUUUAUUGUUUAAAUUAAUUGAAUUGUCAAUUCUAACCAUAUUAGAUACUGCAGGCUGAAUGGGAUACUUUUCCAGGCAAAAAUCUAAGUUUUAGCCUUUUUGUUUUUGGAUAAUCAAGCUUUCUUCUUAUUAUUUUUUGAGAAUUUCCUUAUUCUGGGCAUUUUUUCACAAUGUUUCUUUUUUGAGAAAUGUUUUUUAAAAAAUUAAGGUACAUUGUAUUUUAUCUAUAGAAAAUUAUUGACUAUUAUUUCAUCUGAGCUCAGAAGAACUUAGAUGUAGUCUCUGUUAUAUACAGGUAAGAGGACAAAUGCCCUUUACAGGUAGUGUUGGGAAUUUACAAUCUAUUUCAAAAUUGAUCGUCAGAAGUUACACUGUUAUCAGUCUGACCCAACCACUGGAUUAUCAAUAACAAUAAAAAAAAAUCUCUUGAUUAUAUAUUGUAUUAAAUUUCCCACUUGCAUGCAUGUUACAAAAAUUUAGUUUGUUUUUUGACUGUGGACAACUUUGAAAUGACAACCAUGACAACCAUGAAAACCAUGUUGUAGAACAUGACAAAAACAUAUGAAAUGUGUCAGAAUAUAUACGGUCAUCAAAAGUCUAACUGCUCUAAGUUUCUAUUUUUUUCUCUCAACGACAGUCUUGUAAUUACUGUAAGUUUCUCACUAUAAAAUCAGGCAGGCUUCUUUAUAAAUUGCUCAGCAUUUGAUCAGUUGACACAAGAGACAAUUUUUUAUAGACGUUUCUUGUGUAAUUUUCCUAGAUCUUGCUACCUUUGGUAAUUGUGGAUAAAUUACAGUUAGCAGAAAGGUAACAUUUAAAGAUCAUUCAAAGUACAAAGUACAUGUAGGCAAUCAGUUAAAAGAAAGGUGCUAUAAUGGCCCAAGGAUUUCGUUUUGAGUGGUCACAAAUUCUUCUAUCCUUGGUGAGAAUUGAAUGAAAAAUACAGUUUUGUAGUCUGUAAUUAUCAACUAUCUAGUUUUUAAUUUAAAGCAAUAUAGCUCUGUAUAUUGCACAACAGCGAAUUGAAAUUGAAAAAACUCCGGUUCCAAAAAAAAUUACACUUAUUUUUGCCACUACAUGUAUAUGUAAUCCCGGGUCUGUGCUUAAAUAUUAAAUUAAAAGAGAAAUGUAUACUGCAUGUUUGCAAGUAUUGUACAAUGUCAUUGUGAAACUCUGUAAACGUACGUCAAGUCAGGUCUUACGCAGCACAGUAUUUUAAGAAGGCACCCUAGCUGUAUUAAGCAGACAAAUAGCCUAAUAAGUUUCAAAUGUUUUGUCCCAUAAUUUAAGUAAAACAAACCUGUAUUUAGCAUAGAGUUAUAUUAAGUGGACACCAGUAGAGGUUGCUUGGGUGUCUGCCUACAGAAAUCCAGGUUUCACUGUAGUAAAAAAUUACAUGUAUUUCCAUUUGGAAUUUCAGGAAAGUCCUACAUACUAUUCAGACACCUAGCAGGUUGCAACUAAUUGUUUUAUUUGUACGCGUAGUUAUGUGGCAGGUUGCCCAAUGUCCUUGCAGCUGUUCAUGAGGAUGCUGGAUGAUUUAUGUGGAAUGACAGAUGAUGAGCUGGAGAUAGUUGUUGAGUGAGUCCAUUAUUACCAGUAAUCCCCUGCAAAAAGGAGCCCGGAAUUCCAGGGUAAAAUUCCUGGCUUUUUUACGCACACCUCAAAGCCAUGGAAUAGCCCGGAAAAGCCAGGAGUGUCCAGGCUCUCCUAGCUUUCCAGGAAUUUGACUCCUGGAAAUUCUCGGAAAGCCAAGAGAAAAUUUUCUACAUGUAUGCUUUCUGGGCUUUUCCUUAUUGCAAAAAAGCCCAGAGCUUCUGACUUUUUUUAAUCAUUGUAUAUAUAUUUCGCCUUUGUGUAUCAUUUGCCUCACUGUAGUCACUUUUUUUUUGUACCUCAAAACAGUUACUGCACUUUGUGUUGUACUAUACACUACAUCUGUGAUAGACAUGUCUUCUGCAAUUGUGCUUUGUUACAUUAUUUGUAGGUCAAUUCCUAGUUGUUACCAAUUGUACAAGCACUUCUUCAGUAGGUUCGAAUUAGUUGGAAAAAAACAUAUAUUUUUUUAUAUAUUAAUUUUAAUUAGCUCAUGAUAGCAAUCAAUAACGGUUGAAAAAUUUAGUGACAGUGACUUGAAAAGAAGUAUUCUUCAGCUGGGCUUGUGAGAAUUUGCUCGAUGUUUCUAUUAUAAAACCCUGCCAACAUUUACACAGAACUGAGUCACUUUAUUAAUUGAUCUCCUCCAGAAAAACUUUGUCUCCAAAACCAAAGGAUCACAGACUGAAGAACAAGACUCUUGUCAAGCUUGGUGAGAGGAUGGUUAAAAUGUUUAAUUUGAAGGCGGGUGAGUGCAAAAGAUAAGGAAAAUAAUAUUCUAGUUGCUAAUAAGUAGAAUUUAAAAUACUUGUAACGCGCAAUUGAAUCAGUUCUACACUGUUGUAAGAAAUCCUAAAAUUUUCAUUUGGGUUAAAAGUUUAAAUAUGUUCUGAUUUAUGUGGCUACACAGUGCAUUACCAGGCUAUGAUAUAUUCAUCAACACAAUAACUAUGGGUACACUAUAUGUACUCACACCCAUCAGUAGGACUACAUGUGUUCUUAUGUGUACAUCAUUAAUCUACAUUGUACAUCAAUCAUCAAUCAUAGUGACUUCAAUUUGUUUCCGGAAUAUUUCAGAGAAUUUUCCCAAUAUAUACAAAGAAAAGAACUUAAAUGGAUUAAGAUACCUGUUACAAAAGAAGUACUCCGAGGUAAGUGCUCAUUUAUUAACUUUGAAAGACUUCUUUUUUUUAUGAAAUACUUUAUAGGAUGGCCACUAAAAUCUCAAAUGCAGUACAGUGAAAGGCGAGUAGUACAAUGAACAUGUAUGACACCAGAAUUUUCCGUCAUGUCCGAGAAAACAGUGUUGGAACAAUGGAACAACUGCAGUGUUGGAACAAUGCUCUAACAGUUCGAACCGUUGUAGAUUCGCGAUUCUACAUUAAAGGCCAGUACGAUGAGUGCCUGAUUUAAGAUUCAUGGAAUAUAAUCACGUGUCAUUUUCUUUAACUUAGAAACAGCCACUGAAUCAGAAAUGGGACAACCUUAUUGAGGUAAGAAUUCCUGUAAGGAUUGUUACACAGCAACAAAUUUGUAUUGCUCGGAAAUCAAAUUNGGAUUAAGAUACCUGUUACAAAAGAAGUACUCCGAGGUAAGUGCUCAUUUAUUAACUUUGAAAGACUUCUUUUUUUUAUGAAAUACUUUAUAGGAUGGCCACUAAAAUCUCAAAUGCAGUACAGUGAAAGGCGAGUAGUACAAUGAACAUGUAUGACACCAGAAUUUUCCGUCAUGUCCGAGAAAACAGUGUUGGAACAAUGGAACAACUGCAGUGUUGGAACAAUGCUCUAACAGUUCGAACCGUUGUAGAUUCGCGAUUCUACAUUAAAGGCCAGUACGAUGAGUGCCUGAUUUAAGAUUCAUGGAAUAUAAUCACGUGUCAUUUUCUUUAACUUAGAAACAGCCACUGAAUCAGAAAUGGGACAACCUUAUUGAGGUAAGAAUUCCUGUAAGGAUUGUUACACAGCAACAAAUUUGUAUUGCUCGGAAAUCAAAUUCAUUCCUUUGUCGUCACUAAGACUGCAUGACUAACCUGAAAUGUCUUUGGCCUCGUCCACACGUGUCGGGAUAUUUUUGAAAACGGAGAUUUUUUUCUCCGUUUUCGAAAAACUACGCGUCCACACGUAGCGUAUUCAAGUCGUUUUCGCCCGUCCACACGAAAACGCUAAAACAAUGGAAAUACGAUAACAUUCUUACAUAGAAUGCGCUGUAUGAUGUGACGUCAUCGUAUUAUCCGUCUUUGUCCUUCCAAAGAAAAGUGAUAAGCCUGCGUUUCCAAAACUGUUCACUCUUGGGACCGUUUUCGAAAACCUGCGUUUUAGGUCCUUAAAAAACGCCGUUUACGCGUGGACGGAAGACUAAAACGGCUGAAAAAAUCUCCGAGUUCAAAAAUAUCUCGAUAGUACGUGUGGGCGAGGCCUAAGACAUUUCAGGUCGUAGUCUUGCAGUCUCAUGGCCUGUUUUAUACGAGGUGAGCCGGGCAGGUUAGCCGGGCUGGCAUCCUUAACCGGGCUGGCUCAGGUUAUGCCUUGUUUCUUCAUAAAAUUUGCGUUGUGUUGAUAUGAUAAGACGGGCGCGCCGCCGGCCCGCUUGUCGAGAUCCUGGUUGCUUGAGUUGAGAGGGGGCAGUCCCUCUUCUCAUAUUAACACAACGCGAAUUUAUGAGGAAAUAAGGAAUAAACCGAGCCAGCCCGGUAAUAUAAACAGGCUCUCAGUAACGGCAAAGGAAUGUACCAAAACUGAAGUUUGAUGCUCGUGCAGAGUUGAUUUUUUUAAACCUGUUACUUUUUUUGUCGUUCUCGCUGCCGUCGUGGUUGUCGUGUUUGCUUCAGCUCUGUUGUAUAUAAAUGUAUUGCUCCUAACAGACUGCCCUUGGAGAUAACAAAUGGCUACAGCACAAGCUGAUAGAGAGCUUGGUGGAGUUUGAAGAUUUUCAUGAAGCUGCGAGAUGGACUAUGUAUUACUCCCUGCCUCUGGAAUCAGUUCCUGUUGAGGUUAAACAAGUUAUCGAUUCCUGGUAAGCUUGCAUCAUUAGCUCUUGCUAGAAAUACGUCGUUGAAUGACACAACUUGCAUUUUUUUUUCGUAUAGGAUCUAUUCUUUUCUUUUUGACGCACUCUUUUUGAGAAAAGAAUAUAAUCACAGUUAUUGUGCCCGGAGUGCCCCCAUAUGAGAAUGACUGGGAUGCUUCUCGUCUCACUUAGGGAUAGAAAUUGCAGAUUUUGGUCUCACUUAGGGUAUCCAGGGCGGAAAGACAAUAUUCUUUUCCAUUAAGGUAUCGUUUAGCAGCUAUUCGUAAAGAAUAUAGAACAAUAUAAAAAGAGACACGUCGUCAUUCUGUGUUGGAGUAUUGUCUCCGUUAGGGGUCGAACAAAGCCUGAAUCACGCCCAGAUUAGUCUCCUAUGGAGGCCAGGUAAUUGUAAUUUCCGACGAGAAUCUCCUUGUCUUAUACAAUGGAGUCUGUGGUAUUAGUGUCAUUCAAACACAAACAUCGCGAGACGUUUAUAUUUCAGGUGUGUUCGUAAUACCGUGGAUGAUAAAUUUUAAAUCCUUACGUUUGGCACGAAAUUUCAUGCAGCGUUAAUUUAUAGUUUUACCAUUUCACAGGUAAGCAAAUGAGAACGACUGGACAACUGACAAUUUGACUAAAAAUGAAAGACUGUUUAACUGUGACAAUAUGCGGAUCGAAACGCACCAAUGACAUUACGAGUCACCAAUGAUAAUACGAGUCUUCAUAGCCUAUAACAUCACGGCUUAACUGACACACCACCAAUAACAUCGCGACUUGAUUGACCAAUCAGGCCAAUAACCAGAGUUUAAUACCAUCAACUGGCGUGAUACAAGUCACUUUUUGACUCUGAAAUGACUACCGCACAGGUUGUCGAAACGUCAGUCAUUGUCAUCAACAACAAUCUUAUCCAGAACUACCUUCACCCGGACCACUAUACUCAACGUUUUUUUAAAAAUACUAUCGCCCGCAACGUUUUCUAUAUCUUAGUGCUAAGAUGGCAUCCAGGUAUAACGAUGUUGAGGCAUUAAAAGACAUUUAUGCAGGGAAACUAAGUACGCAAUAGAGCACAGUCAUUAAGAAGUUAUAACAGGCUUUUUAUGAAAAAAAUUCAGAAUAUUGUCAACAUCAGCCAGCAUUCAUGCUUUAAAUUUUAUAAUGCUUAUUUUGCAUAUUCUUGCUAUCAUUUUUAGUCAUUAAUUUUACGUAGCCUUUAAUUCUGUCGCCAUUUUCUCGAGUUCCCCUCUCACGCCAAAACAGCUAAGAUGCCGUGCCGCUGUUUUGCCUGACGUCAAUGAUUAUACAGUCAGUACAGUGGAAUGUCUAUAUUGUGAAGGGCCAGUGGACUGCAAAAUGUGUUCGUUGUAACGAGGUUUCGUUAUAUCGAGUUUCUUUUCCAUAUAGUUGACUACUAGAGGGGUAAAGAAAAUCGUUCGUUCCGAGGAAUUCCUUAUAAAGAGGUUCGUUAUAUCGAGGUUCCACUGUAUAUUGUAUUACACAAUCAUCGAUGUCGGAGUGAAUGACGUCAGUAAUGAUAUACUCUAAGCAUCCUCUAAAUAUAGUUAGCGUUAGUUGGGUAUGAAAAAAAAUAGCCAGUAGAUUAAAGCCAUUAACAAACGGAGAAACACUUUGAAUGAAUAACAAUACUGGUUAUCAUCUGAAGUUUUUUUUUGUUGAUUUGGUAAGGCAAAGUACGCAGAAAUAUACUGAAGACUGGGAAGGUGAAAUGAAUGGAACAUCAGAAGCCAGAACGUUUAACAAUGAGUCCAUUACACAGAGCUCAACUCCUGCUAAAUUCUACCGGCUUCCUUUGCCGUUGGACAGAAUAUUCGUGGUGGAUAACUCCCGAUCUUUAAGGGAGUGUAUGCGAACCCUUUGCGCGGUAUGUUUAAGCAUGAUUUACCGUCUUCUAGCAAAGAGCGGAAAAUAUUAUAGUUAUGGUGGACAGGAACCAUAGAAUUCCCUUCAGUUCUUAGCAGUGAGCCAUAGUUGUGAUAAAAUCUCUGCAAUCUAUGCUGAUAUACAAUAUUUUUAUUCAUCGUCAUGUAUUCGUCCUUUGGCUAAUUUUUUUGCAGGGGGGCGGGGGGAGGGCUGUUAAGUUAAAGCAAGGCUAUUUUUUUGCAGGGGGGGUUAACUUAAAGAAAUUCUCUUUAUUGCGACUUAGAAAGACCUAGAAAAUUAAAGGGUGGAUUUCUACUGUCGCGUGAUUUUUACAUACGUACGCACCGUAAUUAAAAUAGGGAGAUAUAUGAGAGGUAACGCACAAACGGAACAGGUGAACCUGGCUCAACUUUUACCUUUACGCGAAACCAUUUUUCAUACAGUGGAACCUCGAUAUAACGAAGGCCCAGGGACUGGCAAAAUGUGUUUGCUCUAACGAGGUUUCGUUAUAUCGAGGUUCUUUUCCAUAUUUUGCUAUUAGAGGGGGAAAGAAAAUCGUCCAUUUUACUAAGGACUUCGUUAUAUAGAGGUUCCACUGUACAUUGCCUAUUUGUUCCUCUGUAGCCGGGUAGUGUGAUAGGAUUUGACACUGAGUGGAGACCAACAAUGUGCCGUGCUGGGACUGCAGAAAGGUUUGUGAAUCAAGUGUUAUAUCGUGUAUAAUCAGUUGUAGUUACCGUUAGUCUCCCAUAAAGCAGUCCUUCUUUUUUUAAGUAAUGCCACGCGUUCCUUCCCAACGUUUAGGGAACGCGUAACAACACGCCCUUUAUUUGCAAUCUCGCCAAAGAGGCGUGUCAGAGAAAGAAAUCAAUCUUUAAACAGACUCUGCGUGCUUUAUGGAUCGCGCAACGCCCUCUGGAUUAGUGGGUUAAUCAUUGAUGUAAUAUAUCAAACAUGAGACGCAGUGUUUCAUCAGCAGAUGAAACACCGAGAGGAGAGUUGAAAAUACGACGCGUAGUGGGGAAUUUUUGACGAACUUCGAGGUGUUUCAUCUGGUGAUGAAACACUGUGUCGAAUGUUUGAUAUUUUUUCUCAAACAAAAUCAUUUUUGAAGGAGAAAUUAAGGAUGCAAAAAUGAUUAGUUUUUCAUCCGAUAUCCAAACACUCAUAAACAUUAAUUUCCUUUGAAUUUUCUUUAUGAAUUAUUAAUGAGUUUGAGAAAGUGAUUUGACGGAGAAAUCUUCUCAUUUUAUAAACUGGGCACAGGCGGCCCAGUCAAUAAAGUUUCUCUCCAACGAGGCUAAAUAUACAUUAUUUUUAAGUUAUUACUUUAGUUCGUCACCUGUGAAGAUCGACGUUUGUCCCAGAGACGAUCUUCAGACGUUCUAUUGGUUUGAAGCAGACGGAUAGAACGUGUUGGACGAUCAAAACUCAUUCAGACGAACUUAACUGAAUACGCUGGAGGAGAGUUUUAACCACAUUUAUGGAGCUUAUUCUUAUCAUUACGCUUUUUUUGUAUUUUUUUGUCUUCAUUUACUUUAUAUUAUUUACUUACGCAGUGAAUAAUGACAAAGAGGAGUUUUGGAAAUAUCUAUUAUACGUACAAGAGCAGUCGCGGACACACAUAUAACCAUGGCAACUUUGUUUGUAGGUUAGCGAUCAUUCAGCUGUCUACGCGGAAUGAAGUAUUUAUCUUGGAUGUGAUCGCCUUGACAGACAGUGCCAAAGAUUCGGAUCUCCAGCAGUUUGCGGAGAAUGUCUUUGCUAAUCCUCAGGUUCUCAAAUUGGGUAAUUAUGACAUUAUUACUACUACCUAAACACGCGGAAGUUUUCUUUCCACCCUAUUUGUAAGCGCAUUCCAGGCGUUAAAUAAGUUUAUUGAAGUGAGUUUUAUAUUCUGAAAGAAAAUAGACAGCUUGGUUUGGCAGUAAACUGAAAAAUUUUGUCCUGAUGUUUUCCGCAGGCUAUGGAGUAGAUUCUGACUUUCGAAACCUUGUUUCGUCGUGUCCUUUGUUCGAGGACAGUGUGAGGCGAUUGGCUCGGUUUGUUGAUCUGUGCCCAUUAAGCAAACAGGUAGGACGGAGUCAGUUAUGUUGUUGUGUCUCCAGAUUUUUCUAAUGGUCAAUGCCAGAAAUACGCUUAGACCGUACAUAUCUUAGCCUGCGUGAACGCAGACGAAUUUUCGGUAGUCUCCAGCCAGAAGCGGCGACUGGAAUACGUAUGCGUUCUCGCGCUAUAUAUAUAUCUCUUGCACAAAGUUUUGUUCUUCAAGUCAUUUUAUGUGCGAAACAUUUUAUCGUAACAGAUCCUCGGCAUACCGAGUGUUCGACAGAAGCUUGGGUCCCGUAUGAGAAGUGUGUCGGCCAGACAGCGUGCUUGCAUUGAAGAGGAACGUGGUCUGAGCGAGCUGGUGUUCCUGUGCCUUGGGUUACCACUGGAUAAAACUUACCAGCUAUCAGACUGGGAACGCCGACCGUUAAGUGAGGAUCAACUAAUAUAUGCAGGUAGGCGUACUAAUGAAAAGUUUCACGAUAAGACGCAUGCGAAAACAAUCAUUUAAGUUAGCCCUGUCUAUUUCAAUUGUUUUUUGUAUUGACCAAAUCAUGUGUAACUGCAGACUAAUUUUUGCAAGGAGCAGGCCUUUGGUCAGUUUCCACUGACAAUCUUCAGUUCAAGGAUUUUUGCUUUGAUUGUUGUUGUUCUUUGACCCAAAAUGUGGAACACGAGCGAGUUGUCUGUUCUCAUGUGGUGGUUCGUUACUAAUGGGAACUUAAAGGAAUACGUCAUAAUGUGCCCAUGCGCUAAGUCGUGAGACUGUCCCUUACUAUAGAUUAUAGAGAACAGGAAUAGCGCGGUAAGAUGGCGGUUUGACACGUGCGCUGUCAUUCCUAUUCUCACCUCAGUGACAAAGGGGCGACUUCAUUUCUCCUUCCUGGUAUGUCAGCAAAGUUUGAAGUUGUUCCUCGGCCUCGCUCGAAGGGUUGUCCCCUGGUUUGUCCAUUUUUCUUCCUUCCACAGGCCUAACAUUUUCACGCUACGUUUCGAUCAAUUGAGAUUCAGAGAGUUUGCCAUUCACAAAAACCUCAGUUAAUCUGUGCCAAUCUUUUCCCUUAGCUUUAGACGCGCAUUGUCUGCUGGAGGUGUAUGACGUGCUCAAGGAAUGGAUGUUAGAGUCGAGGCUGCGAGUAAAUAUGGAACCUGCUCUCGUCCUGAGCUGGUUGCAGCCUAAAAAAGAGAAACAACGGUAUUAAGUUGUUGUGAUUAGUCUUUUUUUCGUCCCUCGAGCCGUCAAAUUCUACGUUUAAGUUCUCGUUUCGAAAAAUAUUUGUAGUCAAGAGAAACACACUGUGUUGUGGUAAGUUUUAAGCUUUUGGUUUAAGAUUUAAAGGAUGCAUGGAAACGAACUUUGUUAUUACUAUAAAUAAGCAAAUUUGCAGGCAAUGACCUGUGAUGUAAAAAUAUUUUGUAUUUUCUAUUAAGGCCUUGCUAAAAAAAAAAAGCUCUGACGAAAUUAUUUUGCCACAGUGAUAAACUAGAAACGUAUGUUUGUUCAAAGGAUAAAUUUGCAUUCAUCAAGCAGGAAUGUUCUCCACUUAAUUAAGCGACUUAAUUUGAGUCAGAAAAUUGUUCUUCAAUCUUGAAAUCCACCUUCAUAAACUUUCCUUCUUUGUUUUAUUUUAGACGGAAACGCCCGAAACCAGGACAACGCACCAAUGUAAGUGUAACUGUUGAUAACUUGCCUAUAUUCCUUAUUAUGGCAGAAAAACCCCAUUUAUGUUGUGGUUUGUUUUUUCCUUCGUUCAAUGUUUGUUUGCUUUAAUAGGUUCUCGCGCAUGAUAAUAAAUAAUAACGAGUUUGAGAAAAAACCAUCGCCCUUUAAAACAUAACUGCACCUUGCCUUCAGACCCCUUUCUUUCAUUUGCCGAUUUUGACGUACACGAGAAAGACUCUACACAAAUUGAGUAAGAUCAUUGUUGAGCAUGCGCUGCUCGUUCCUAGGAUACUGUUUCAAACCCAGGCCUAAUAGCCGUGCGCUUGGUACAGCGGGCUCAGUAAUGACCAUCGGUUUUAUCAGUAAACGGUGCUCGCACUAGGAAAACCAGUUUGACAAGAGGGAACAAGAUUGACUUGUCCAGACUCCAGAAGCUUGGGCCUUGGCGACUUCAAAGGCCUGAUGCGAUUCUGGCGGAGCCUGCUUUUUUGCUACUCACUCAAGAGAACAGAAGGAGCCCUUACUAGCAGGAUGACAUAACACAUACAUUGUUUAAAUAUCCAGCGUCAGCUAAAAAAAUUUGGCAUCUACCAUUCUCCCUACAAAAAAGAUAGUCUCACUUCUCCACUGUUGCCACCUGUCGUUUCGGCAGUCUGGUUUAAUUUUUAGCCAUGUUAUGACACUGAGAGACAAAUAAAAGAUACUUGUCUUUCUCUUUAGGAUAUACUUCCGCCAGCACAAAAAAGGAAACCCAUUCCUCCGCAGCAACUGAGGGUCGUGGUCGAUAAAAUGCUGCAGGGACUGGGUCAGCAUUUAAGAUGCUGCGGGGUAGACGUGACUAUUAUGGAUAACAACAGCGAUCACGCCAAAUUACUUGAGGUGAGGUUCACCAAUAGGUCAUUUGCACGAUGACGUCAUUUUACUAUUUCGACCAGAAUCCUUCAGGGUAUUGCUUUCUUGUGCAAAUUAAGGCUUUUGUUAUCUAAACCUCACUGGGACUACCAAAUUUUAAAAGAAAAGGAUGAUAAGAAAAACGAAAAGGAUUCUGUUCUUCGUAGAAAAAUGACGCCAUCGUGUAAAUGGCCCAUUCUCUCUUGUAUUGUAUCAGAGAGUUUGUUGAGAAAUGUUAGAUAAUCAAGAGCGUGGACCAAAAAAAAAAAUGAUUACUUGAUAUGAUUUGAACCCUUGUCCUCCCAAACAGCAAGCGGGAGCAUUAUCUACUGAGCUAUUAAUAAGAGACUUGUAUCAAUCUAAGUCAUUUAUUAGGCUCAUGUCUGAUACGCACCUUGUAUUCUGUUAGGAUCCGCAAUGUCGAGAGCAUACUGUAUGGUGUUAACAACAAGCUGCCUACACAAUGGCACACAUCAUUAAAACCGUGUUCCGCAAAACGAGCAUCGCUUUUGAAAAUCCAAGUCAUCAAAAUUGAAUCUCCCUAGGUUCUUUAAUUGGUUGCUAAAAUAAUGCUCAAGCCUGUAAAAUUCCUCUGUGAUUUUCACUUGUCUUUUGGCCAUCUCAACUCAAGAAGUAAUAGAAACAAACUGCGGUAACAAACAUUACGAAUUCAACUGCGUUAUCUCUUCAUCUGUCACGUAAUACUGUCUUUUCGCCCCUUGUAAGGGAAUUUUGAAUCGCGAAGUCCGGGAAAUUUUUGCAUUUGGAAUGCAGGAUCCGGAUAUUUUGCUGGUGCAACCUGGAAUCUUGGCCUUUGGAAUCCGGAAUACGGCCCAACGAAUGCGGACUCCCACUAGCGAUUGGAAUCCGGAAUCCAAGUUCCACUGACAGAGAACCAGGAAUCCAGUCCCUGGAAUCCAAAUCCAAUAUUUACAAAAUUUUUUGGGAUUUUCUUACAAAGGGCGAUUUUUUGUCAUAUGAACCCUUUAAGCCCCAAUAUCCACAUACAAAUUCUCCAAACUGAUCGCCAUACAUCUCCUUAAACAAUUAGUUGAGAGAAUUUGAUUAAAGAUCAUAGCAUUUUGUCUAUGGUUUUGUCUUUAUCUCUUGACAAUGUAUGGAUAUUGUUAGGAGAAAAUUGUUGUUGGUCACUAUUGGCAUUUAAAGGGUUCACUCCACUUCGUAUAUGCAGGUUAAAAAAAAAACACUGAACGGUCACUUCUGAAAACGCAUGUUGAAGUAUACGAACGUAAGGAAUUUGAAUAAAAUUUAUUGCCUCUGAGGAUUCAUUUGAUUCAUAGUGUUUCUUAUCUGCACUGGACUAAUUUGUCUCUAUUUUAUCGUUUUCCCCACCAGGUUGCCCGGAACGAAAACAGAAUAAUCUUCACCACUGGUAUGCCUUACGAAAAGGUGCGAGAAAAAAGUAGUUUAAAACUUGUGGUAGAAAAAUGGCAUGAGUAAUGGAUAUAAUCAUUCGAUGGAUCAAACAAACAAUCAGUCAACAAGUCAAUCAAUCAAUUAAUAAAUCAUUCAAACAAUUACGAUUUGGUAUCUCCUUAUCCUAUAGGCGUUACCACGAUGUAUUUUAUAAAAAUAACAUGGAGUGUUUGCCUUCUUGUGUCGGUCAUAUUUCUGUCAUAAUUCUAGUAUAACCGCCCUUUGGAUUAAGAAGGCUUUUGCAAGUUUCAGAAUCGUUCUGCUAGUGUUAUUUCUUGACGUCCAUUUUAUAUCAUCGUUAUAUAGUAUCGUUAUAUAUCUCCUUAUCCUAUAGGCGUUACCACGAUGUAUUUUAUAAAAAUAACAUGGAGUGUUUGCCUUCUUGUGUCGGUCAUAUUUCUGUUAUAAUUCUAGUAUAACCGCCCUUUGGAUUAAGAAGGCUUUUGCAAGUUUCAGAAUCGUUCUGCUAGUGUUAUUUCUUGACGUCCAUUUUAUAUCAUCGUUAUAUAGUACCAAUGUCUUGUUCACAGUUAAGCUCUCAAGUACCUGAGGGAAUGUGCAUCUGUGUUCCAUGCGGGAAGAUAAGGCAACAAAUGUCAUCUCUGAUGAAAUACUUCAAUGUCAAAGUAAAAAGACAGGAUAUUUUCAGUCGUUGCCAGGUAAUAAUGUUAUCUUAAAACGUAAUUAAAACGCACUGUUAAAAAAAUAAUGAUGAAAUGUUUAACAUGUCACACGCGUGGUACAAAGAAAAACUGUAAGCCUCGAACGGGAUUGGACCCAUUAGCCCUGAGAUACCGAACAGGCACGCGGGCACCCUCGCAUCCACUAAGCGGUAGGGAGACUCGUGACAAGCCUGGCCAUGUACCAGGUCAGAAGCAUAUAACUAGGUGCAUAUAUGCCACACGUCCUACAUACUGCCAUAAUUCCUGGUCAGGACGGGUGCAAGUACCUUUAAAAUCUGCCUCUUUUAGUUUCUGUGUGCUUGUUGCUGCCUAAAUUGCCCUCAUUGAAGUGCAAGGCGGGCGUGUGUAUGCCAGGACAACGAAUCCGGACCAGAUAAAACCCAGGUUUUGAUAUAGGAGGUGACGGCCGAAUUGUUCGAUAGACGACUGAUUACUUCGUUGACAUUUAACCCGAGAAAAAACGUUAACGGGCUUAGAAUAAGUCAAGUAACGCUAUACAUGUUUGCGCAAAGAGCUGCACGGCUCGCAUGCUUGUUGGUAAGUUUUAUAAUGUUGCCGUUGCACAAGAGUAUCAAACGUUUUAAUCAGUGGGGGCCGGGAGAGCUUAUAUAAAAUACGGAGAGGGUCGUAUAUUCAAAGCGGCGCCUAUCCGAUUACUUAAUAUCUUCUCCCUUGUUUUCUUUACCACGUGUAACAAAGAAAAUAACUACGUCUGCACACUAGCUAAUUGCUUAUUGUGUUCGACUUUUCUUAUCGGUGUGUAACGGGAAUGAUUUUGUUGAAGUCAGUCAGGAACAUAUGAAAAUGGCUAUGGGCAUCUUUCAUGGUCGCUUCCAAGCUCCUUUGCUUGGCUACGAGCCUACAAACUGCCCCAUCAAUCUGAUGUACCUCACCUUACCUGGGGGCGUGCCUAUCAAGCUGGGACCUCUUCCUGAAGAAGCCGUCAACAAUGCGGAAAUAUUCUUCUGUUGCUCGGCGUGUGGAAAAGUAUUUUGGGAGGGCAAACACCACAAAAGAGCUAAUGCACAGUUCUCCUACAUUUUGGAAAGUUACUAG